AAAGCACAAAGCUUUUACCAACUGGGUGGUACAAGGGCAUCCAACUUUCUUAUUUUGUCUUCUUCUACAUUUUUAAAACACAAUUAGCACGUUUCAUAUUAUAGAAAGAAACACUUGAAAAGAAUGGGUAUUGACAGGCUCUUGAUAAUCCUGAAGUCAAUGUAUCUUAGCUCAUUGCUUAUGCAUAAUCCAAACCAGAGCUUAUUGCUGAACCAAUAUUCAAGUUGGUUAUUCCACUUAAAAGCCACACAUAGAGGCAUCAAAUAAUCCUCAAAACUUCCAACUGAAUGCAGAAUCUGUCAAUUCAAAAUUUCUAUAAAAAAGAAAAGGAGAGAAUGAGUGGAGAAGGAAAAGUGGUGUGUGUAACAGGAGGUUCAGGUUACAUAGCUUCAUGGCUGCUCAAGUUUUUGCUUCAGCGUGGUUAUACAGUUAAGGCCACUGUGCGUGACCCAGAUGAUGCUAAGAAGACAGAGCACUUACGUGCUCUUGAUGGAGCAAAAGAAAGACUUCUCUUGUUCAAAGCAAAUUUACUGGAAGAAGGAGUUUUUGAUGCGGUAGUUGAUGGAUGUGAAGGUGUAUUUCACACAGCUUCUCCUGUUAUUCGUUCAACAAAUGAACCUCAGGCAGAAAUUCUUGAACCUGCAAUAAAGGGAACCCUAAACAUUCUCAAAUCAUGUGCAAAAUUUCCUUCCGUGAAGAGAGUUGUUUUAACAUCUUCAAUACUAACAGUAAUGCGCAAAGGACAAGUUCUGGCCUCUGAUGUGGUAGUUGAUGAGACUUGGUUUGCAGAUCCAGCUUUUUAUCAGGAAAAUAAGCGUUGGUAUGCUCUUUCAAAAACCUUAGCUGAAGAUGCUGCUUGGAAAUUUGCCAAAGAAAAUGGAAUUGACUUGGUAACAAUGCAUCCAGGAUGGGUGAUUGGUCCUCUCUUGCAGCCAACUCUCAAUCUCACUGUGGAGAUGGUUCUGAAUCAUAUAAAAGGAUUGGAAACAUUUCCAGAUGAUAUUGACAGGUUUGUUGAUGUUAGAGAUGUUUCUAAUGCACAUAUUCAAGCAUUUGAAAAAGCUUCAGCUAGUGGCAGAUACUGUUUGGUUGGAAAACUUGGACACAUCUCUGACAUAGUGAAGAUUGUGCAUGAACAUUACCCUACAUUGCGCCUUCCUGAAAGAUGUGAAUACAGCAAGCCUUUUGUGCCAGAAUAUGAGGUUUCCAAGGAGAAAGCUAAAGCUUUGGGCAUAGACUUCACUCCUUUAGAGACUACUAGAAUGAGUGGUGAAGGAAAAGUGGUGUGCGUAACAGGAGGUUCAGGUUACAUAGCAUCAUGGCUGAUUAAGCACUUGCUUCAGCGAGGCUAUACGGUUAAAGCCACUGUUCGUGACCCAAAUGAUCCUAAGAAAACAGAAAACUUACGUGCACUUGAUGGAGCCAAAGAAAGACUUCACUUGUAUAAAGCAAACUUACUGGAAGAAGGAUCUUUUGAUGCAGUGGUUGAUGGAUGUGAAGGUGUAUUUCAUACAGCUUCUCCCGUCAUUCUUUCAACAAAUGAACCUCAGGCAAAUUUGAUUGAUCCUGCACUAAAAGGAACACUAAAUGUGCUGAAGUCUUGUGCAAAAGUCCCUUCUAUCAAGAGAAUAGUUGUAACAUCUUCCAUGGCAUCAGUUGCUUACAAUGGAAAACCUUUGACCUCUGAUGCAGUAGUUGAUGAGACUUGGUUUUCAGAUAUUGCAUUUUGCAAGUCAAAGAAGCUUUGGUAUGCUGUUUCAAAAAUCCUUGCUGAGGAGGCUGGUUGGAGAUUUGCAAGGGAGAACGGAAUUGACUUGGUUACAAUACAUCCAGGCGUUGUCAUUGGUCCUCUCUUGCAGCCCAUUCUUACUCCUAGCUUGGAGGAGUUUGCAAACCACAUAAAUGGAGCUCAAACAUUUCCCAAUGAUAAUUGCCCGCUUGUUGAUAUUAGAGAUGUUGCCAAUGCACAUAUUCAAGCUUUUGAAUUGGCUUCAGCUAGUGGCAGAUAUUGUUUAGUUGGAACAACUGUGCACUUCUCUCAGUUACUGAAGAUUGUUCACAAACAUUACCCUACUAUGCACAUUCCUGAAAAAUGUGAAGAUGACAAGCCUUUUGUAGCAAAACGUGAGAUAUCCAAGGAGAAAGCGAAAUCUUUGGGUAUUGACUUCAUUGCUCUGGAGUUGAGUGUUGUGGACACCAUUGAAAGCUUGAAGGAGAAAGGCUUUCUAAAUGUCUGAAUUGCUAGGCAAUUGAAUUGAAGAUAAAGAAAUGGAAAUAAAGACAAUAAAUAAUUUGUAUCCCAAAGCCUCACCUUUUUGUCUUUCUUUUUCUCAGAUUUUCUGAGCAACAGAACAUAUAGUUGACUUUUGUCAAUGGAAGUCAUGUCAAUAAAGAAAUUGUUAAUUGUUGGAAAUCAA